GAGUCUGGCGGGGUGCCGAGGAGAGGUAGCGGUGGCAGAGAUGGGCUCACACAUCUGAAUCACUACUCACCCUCCAGUCAAGCAUCUUGAAAACCUAAAGGACGACUAGUUUUUUUUUUUUACCAUUUUUUUUUCUUUUUCUUUUUUUUUUUUUUGGAGGGGGUUUUUGCUUGUGGUGCUCAUUAAGACCGGCAGAGUGAAGCUACCAAAAGCAGGAGCGGGAAGGUUUAUAGUUGCAUUCCGACGCUCAGCAGUCCUGUGGUCUCACCUGCUCCGCCCGGAGAAGAGGUCCGCUUUGAUAAUAAUGCAUCCAGAUAAGUACUUACCUGAAUUGGUGGCCGAGAAAAACAGCUUGGAUCCCUCCUUCGUGCACGCAGUGCGCCUGCUUGCAGAAGAGAUUGAAAAGUAUGAAGGGGAUGAAUUGAGAAAAGAUGGUGACAUGAAGAAAUAUCUUGAUAUCAUCAGCAAUAAAAAUAUCAAGCUGUCCGAAAGAGUGCUCAUUCCAGUUCAACAGUAUCCAAAGUUUAAUUUUGUCGGAAAGCUGCUGGGACCACGGGGAAAUUCCAUGAAACGAUUACAGGAAGAAACGGGUGUGAAGAUGUCCAUCCUCGGCAAAGGGUCCAUGAGGGAUAAAGGCAAGGAAGAAGAAUUAAGGAAAAGCGGGGAGGCCAAGUACGCCCAUCUGAGUAAUGAUCUUCACGUUUUAAUUGAAGUUUUCGCUCCACCUGGAGAGGCAUAUUCCCGCAUGAGUCAUGCUUUGGAGGAGAUUAAGAAAUUCCUAGUUCCAGACUACAAUGACGAGAUCAGACAGGAGCAACUGAGAGAGCUCUCCCUGUUGAACGGCUCUGACGAGUCGAGCAGAGGGAGGAGUGCGCAAGGGAGGAGCGUACGGCCAGCAAGCACAAUAUCCACGAGGGGCCAUAGGGGCACAGGGAGGAGUGCAGCAGCACCUCGAGGGACAGCAGCAGUGACACACAGCAAACUCCCCACGACUGUUUUAUCGAGGGAGGUACAAGCUCCGAGAGCCAGGGGGGCAGCAGGGAGCGCUGGAUACAGGGUCCCGCUGUUAGCAGUCACACAUGAAUCAUACGACGACUAUGGCUACGAUGAUGGAUACGGUGGAGAAUAUGAUGACGAGAGUUACGAAGCCUAUGAGGAUAACUACAGCAAUCAGUCAAAGAGUAUUUCAGAAUAUUACGAAUAUGGACAUGGAACCAGUGAUGAAUCUUACAACAACUAUGAGGAGGAGUGGGCGACUACCCGUCCCAGUCUCAAAGCCCCUGCUUUACGGCUGACAAGAGGGGGCUACAGGAAACAUCCCUAUGGUAGAUACUGAAGAUAAAGAAACCACCAACACCAUAGUGUGAUUUGGUCAAAGCAGAGAGGAAUACAACUGAGCAGAAUGCACAAAAACCAGCUCCCAGAGGAGUGAAGAUUGUACUCAGCCAUCAGACAUGUUCGGGUGCUUCAUCAGUCAGGAAAGUAGCUUGAUAAAUUUGGACUGGAGAGAAAAAGAUGAUGAAACAUGAAACAUGUUGGCAAAGACCGACAAAUGACUCACAGUGACCCAGCUUCCAGUCUGCCCUGAAGACGUAGCUCUUCUUAGACGGUGUAUUAUAACCUCUUGUCUUGUAAAUGCAACGAUGGCCGAAGCUCCUCUCAAGUGUCAAUCACCACCACCCACUUCCAGCAGGAAACCAUGUUUGAUGGCAGAGAAUACCUACAAAUAGCCCCUUUAAACCUGAAAGUAGUUGUAAAAAACUCUUAGUGGACUUUCUCAGGUUGUUAAGUGACAUGAAGACAACAAGAAGUUACAUCCCUUGGGGACAAUAAAACUUUUAACUUGUGCUAAAACAUCUAUUUGUUAUAUUUUUGACAUGUAGAAAUGCCCUCAGGUUAGUUCAUUUCAUUUCAACCAACCAGUAGAAAAGGAACUUUAACCUGCUUCUGAUAUUAGACAUGUGUUUUUUGCAUUGUGUCACUUCAGUUUCACUUUAUCAAUUUUUUUUUUUUUUAAUAAAAUGGAAUGGCGUAAAGUAAACAGACUUUACACUGGAAAUAUAGAAAGAGAAAAACUCAACAUGACUGCACCUUAUUUCUAACCGUGUUGAGAGGUGUUGUCAUCUGGCGGCUGCUGUCAUUACCAACCUGUGCGCACCCUGUGUCUGUUCCCAGCUCACUAAUAAAUGGUUCACUUAGUGCUGCCAACAUGAACAUGUUAGUUCAUUAAGCAAGUCGAGCCCACUGCUGGCGUUCUGGCCAAAUGUCACAGCUACUUUACGAGCCCAACCCAUCACUGCCUCCGCAAUAUACUUCAGCAAGGAGUCACAGCUCACACCUUGUGUCAUUUUCUGAGUGGUAGUCAUAAUGGAUGACACCGUCUGCAGCUCUACAUAUGGUAUGCAGUGAUUAACACUUGAGAAUGAUAGAAGCAAUACAGGCGUCCCACUGUUCAUGAAUGUCUUUUUUCUGAAUUUGUUUGUUCCUAUGUGAUUUACAAAACAAUAAAUCGAUAGCCUCGUAAACCGAGCACAUCUUGAGCUUCUCGCAACAUGCUCAACUUGAACAGCUUGCGGGCCAAACGAGUCAGAUUUAGUGCAGACGAUCAUCCAUUUCUUAUCUUUUUGGAUUGAAAUGGAUUUCAUGAAUCCAGUCAAUUGUAUGGCAAACUCAUUUCAUCAAAAUACACACCCCUGUCUCUGGCAUUUGUUUAAUUCAUUUGCUCCGUGACAUGCGCCCCACACAGCCUGUCAGACAGCAUGGCAUUUAUCUUCCUCGAUAUCACUUGAUCUAAAUAUUGGAAACACAAAGACACACCAAAGUGGAUCAGGAUCUAGGCGAGUACCCAGAAAUGUUCAAUGAUGCAAAACAGUGCAUUUCCCCCAGCCAGGGACAGCUACCUGAGCAAACUGAGCUCUGUUUAGACAGCUGCUUGAUGAGCCAGAAUAGAAAAUGAGGGCUUAUGAUCACCCGAGUCUAAAAGGGCCUCUUCACCAGCAUAGCACUUGUGAUGAAAUGGUGUGCGGAGUCAGAGUCCUUGACGUGUUUUGAUGAUUCUCAUGUUGUUUCCCCUGCGACAGCAGGCUGGGAUCUAAGCCAGGUGACAGAAGGUGAGGAUGUAUAGCUUGAGUUGCAGUUUUUAGGAAGUUGUGAGCUACUGUAUAGAGUACUGAUCUUAGCUCCCUUUUGCACAAAAGCCUGCCCCCCAGCUCAUUAGAGCUAUUUUUGGAGAGAUGAUGAGUUCUGACAUGUUGUGUUGCAUUUUGCAUUUGGAUAAACUAAGCAGCAAGUAAACUGGGCUAACUAUGUUUUCUACCAAUGAAGUGAUCACGUACAAAAAACAUAUAAACAGGGCUAGUUUGAUGCAGAAGAGGUUUUUGGUUUGUACCAUUGCAUGAAAUGUUUGGCAGGAUGAGGCAUUCCUUGAAAUAUUUGCAGCAGGAUUGCAUAGCUUAUUUUAGAAAAAAAAACAUAUAAAUACAAUAUACCACCCGAGAAAAACAAACAAAAACUGAUAUUCAUUGUAAUGAUUUUCAGCUGUUUGGGCUCAAGGUCUAAAUCUGCCUCGAGUCUCUCUCAAGGAAAACUAAACAAAGUAUCUCUGGAUAAUGUCUUAAAACAACCAGUAGAGUCUGAAAUCUCUUCUCACCGACAAGUUACUAAAUACAUCUCCAUAUUCUGAUCACACAUAGCUAUUUAUGAAUAAACAUAAUAUUUCCUUGGUAACUAGGCUUCUGUAGACCACAAAAGGUAGGAGAGAGCAGGAUAAGGUGUUUAUACGCCUCUAUACUCUGGUUAAUGAUGGCAGAGUGAUGCACAGCUUAUGUAUCUUUUCCACUAAGUCUUAACUGGAUCAGAGAUACAGUCAAAUGUACAGUAUGUGUUACACAAAAUCUAAGCAGGAUUUAGUGCUACAUAUAGUCUGUAUUUUUUCCCUCAUUCAGUACCAAAGGUCAUCUGUGUGAUGCUUUCCAUAGUGUGUAAAAAAUUUCUCAGA